CUCAUCAUCGCAUUCUUGUGCGUUUUGGCUUUACAAUUCCCCGCAAUGCAUACACAACAUGACGCCAAACCUGACGCUAUCCUGGUAGAGGAUAUCAGGUUGGGUCAGGACGACAUGAAAUCGCAAUCCAGCCUUGGGGGACCUCAACUAUUUCAGAACGAUGCUGUCGUUCUGAUACCCACACCCAGUCCUGAUCCGAAGGAUCCUCUCAACCUCGCAACAUGGCAAAAAUACUCCAUCAUCGUUAUCGUGGGUGUCUACUCAGCAUUUGCCGUUCUAGGAACAUCUGGAUUGGGUGCCGUCUACCCAUACGUCAUGGCUAUGUAUCCACCAGAAGAAGCUACCAGGGCCACAGACCUGUUGACCUACCCCACCCUAUUCAUGGGUAUCGGAAACCUCUUCAGCAUGCCACUCUCCGUUGCGGUCGGCAGACGUCCCAUCUUCCUAGCGUCGCUCGUGCUUCUUCUGGCCUCAAGCAUCUGGUGUGCCACUGCGAAGUCUCUCACCAGUCACAUCGCCGGUCGCAAUAUAUUCAGUCUUGCUGCUGGACAGAGCGAGGCACUUGCACCUCUCAUUAUUGAAGAGAUCCAUUUUCUCCACGAAAGGAGCGCUAAAAUCUCCUGGUUUGUUGGGGUACAGACCGUAGGUACUGCUGUCAUGUUCAUUGCUACCACUGCUAUGGUGCCUACAUUGGGUUUGAAAUGGUGGUACGGUGUUAUCGCGAUCGUCACUGGAGUCACUUUGAUCGCAGCUUUCUUUCUCCUGGUCGAGACAAGAUUUGACAGACCUGUCGAUGCGGAUGGUGGUCUUGUUCACCUCCAGUUUGAUCAGCAGGGCAAUGUCGAUCCAAAGGGGGACGAAACGCUUCUAUACCAGGUCACUACUCGACAGAACCAUGUUUUGCAGCCCGAAGUCUUUGGACCAAGAACUUGGAGCCAUGACCUGCGGAUCUUCCACUUCAAGCCCGACUGGAAUUCCACCUUGACCUUCUAUAAAGAAACUAUUUAUUGUCUGCUCAUACCUAACGUCUUCUGGCUUCUACUGCUGAACGGGACAUACCUGGGCCUCUAUGUCUACCAGGCAUCGUCAUUCGCUCAAGUGUUGAUGGCACCUCCUCAUCUCUUCACAAGUAUGCAGCUCGGCUACGUGCAACUAGUGCAAGUGGUCGAUUGCAUGAUCUUAAUUCCUGUAUUGGGUUAUGGAGCUGACUUUCUGGUCAAGACCAUGAGCAGAUGGCGUCAAGGAGUUUUUCUACCGGAAUACCGUCUCAUCCCCCUCGCUUUCCCCGCAGCAUGCGCAAUCAUCUCAGCAGUCCUGUACGGGCGCGGCGCCCAGCACCCUGAAAACUGGCCAUGGAUGACGAUCGUUGGCCCAUAUCACCUGGGCUACUUCGCUUUCAUCGGCUGUAACGUGGUCAGCAUCGCCUAUUGCGUUGACAGCUUUCCCAGAAAAGCCGGGCCGUUGCUUCUCGUGAUCUGCGCUGGGCGCGGCUUUAUAUCGUUCGGUUUGAGCUACACCACCGUCCCCGCUAUUGCUACGCUGGGCUAUGAUGGUGCCAUGAAUAUUAUUGCCAUUGUUGGUGGUGUGCUUGCGAUAUUUCUUGUUCCCGCAUUCAUUACUGGGGCAUUCUUCCGGAGACUCUUCACGAAUAGAUUCUUUGGAGGGGAGUAGCGAGUGCACUUGAGACCUUUAAACGGCUCGACGGACAAGUAGUACAUGUUAUCCUAUACGCGUAGUAUUCCUAGCUUGGAACAGAUCAAUCAGCUUGUAGCGCCGCCACCUUGUCAAUUGGAGCCACAGCUCGACCGAUUGCAUUACCCGUAGCCGCCAUAGGCGAUCGCGAUGCACCGACAGAGUAAUCUCUGUUAAAUUUUCGAGCACAUGAUGAUUAUCAGAACUCUUUUUUACUUUGUUCAGCCU